CUUGUUCUGUACAAUAAAAUCUCUGCAUAUCUACACACGGCGCGAAGGUAGAAUAAUCGGUUAUUGCACUUUCUCCUGUGCAAAUUUGGAAAUUCUCCAUCUCGCGAACGAGAGACCGGAGAUGCUCCCGACAGCUCAUUUUUGUUUGAUGUAGCUUCACUUUUGUGAAACUAAAUCGCAAAAAUGGAGUCUAGAGGGAACAGGAACAUUCGUAUCAAUAUGAUGGAGGGAGUUGGGGCAAGAGUUACCAGAGGACUUGACUGGAAAUGGGGAAAACAGGACGGUGGCGAGGGUCAUGUCGGUACGGUUCGCUCCUUCGAGUCCCCGGAAGAAGUGGUGGUGGUGUGGGACAACGGCACGGCGGCCAACUACCGCUGCGCUGGGGCAUACGAUCUGCGUAUUUUGGACAGUGCACCGACUGGAAUCAAGCACGAUGGAUCCAUGUGUGAUACUUGCCGAAUGCAGCCUAUAUAUGGCAUGCGUUGGAAGUGCGCCGAGUGCCCGAACUACGACCUCUGCUCUGUCUGUUACCACGGUGAUAAACAUCAUCUCAGACAUCGUUUCUACCGCAUCAACACUCCGAAUAGUGAAAGGGUUGUACUCGAACCACGUCGUAAAAGCAAGAAGAUCAUGGCCAGGGGUAUCUAUCCUGGCGCUCGGGUAGUUCGUGGGGUUGACUGGGAGUGGGAGGACCAGGAUGGCGGCAUGUCACGGCGAGGAAAGGUCACCGAGGUUCAGGAUUGGAGCGCCACAAGCCCCCGGAGUGCUGCCUAUGUCAUCUGGGACAACGGAGCAAAAAACUUGUACAGAGUUGGAUAUGAGGGGAUGAGUGAUUUGAAGGUGGUAAGCGAUGCAAAAGGAGGCUACUUCUACAGAGAUCACCUUCCAAACCUUGGUGAGCAAGGACCAGGAAGUCGAGGAGUGCAUGGUCUGUUCUCGCUCGGAGACCAGGUGAACGUAGACCUGGACUUGGAGAUAGUCCAGACAUUGCAGCAUGGCCAUGGGGGAUGGACAGAUGGAAUGUUUGAGACAUUGGGUACUACUGGUACAGUUGUUGGAAUAGAUGAAGACCAUGAUGUGGUUGUUUCUUAUCCUAGCGGAAACAGGUGGACAUUCAAUCCAGCUGUAUUGACCAAGGUGAACCCUACGACAGCAGCCAACAUGACAGUCCGGACCAACGACCCGGCUGUGGCUUCCCAGUUCCAGAUAGGAGACCUGGUCCAGAUCUGCAGUGAACUGGAACGGAUGAAGAUCCUACAACGUGGGCAUGGAGAGUGGGCAGAGGCCAUGCUACCGACUUUAGGAAAGAUUGGUCGUGUUCAGCAGAUUUACCAUGACAACGACCUCAAGAUUGAGGUUUGCGGAACAUCCUGGACGUAUAACCCUACCGCUGUCACCAAGGUCGCUUCAGACUCGGCCGGAUUAGGAAACUCUUCAGAGAGGUUAUCAGCCCUGCUCAAGAAACUCUUUGAGACUCAUAUCAGUGGCGAUGUCAACGAGGAGCUGGUCAAGGCAGCAGCUAACGGCGACGCCCACAAAUGUGAAGAGAUCCUACAGCGACCCGAGGCAAAUGUUAAUGUUCAAUUUGCCGGGCAUACAGCGCUCCAGGCAGCUAGUCAGAAUGGCCAUGGGGACGUCUUGAAGGUUCUUAUCCGACACAACGCCGACAUGGAAGUAGAGGAUAAAGAUGGAGAUCGUGCCAUUCAUCAUGCCGCCUUUGGGGACGAGCCUCACGUCAUCGAGCUCCUCCACGAAGAGGGCGCCGACCUGAACGCCCGAAACAAACGCCGCCAGACCGCCCUGCAUAUAGGGGUCAACAAAGGUCACUACGGAGUGGUCAAGAUACUGCUUGAGCUCGGAUGCCAUCCAAGCCUACAGGUCAGAAUUUUAUUUUAUCUUUAGCAAGAUUCAAGGUGUGAAAUAUUAUGUGACAAGACAUGGGAAACCCACAAAUAGUCAUACCACGAUAAAUAAAAAAACUUAAGCUCUUGCAUUGAGGCACAAACUUCUCUAUAAUCAUGAACAGGAUGUGCCUAAAUUAGUGUUAGAACUUUGGGGCGAAUUUGAUGACCCCUUCUGGGAAAAUUUUAAUGAGUUCUAAUCCUCUUUUUGUUACCUUUGUUGAAUAUUGUUACAUCAAAUGUGCAUCAAUAGACUGGUCAACUUUAAUCCCUCUUUUCUCAAAAGGGACAUUCUAUGGUAGUGAACAUUCUUUUUGUAAUGAGUGUUAAUGAGUGUUAAUGAGUGUUAUUAGUGAUCUAUGCUUCAAUUUAAAUCUGAGAAUCUUGUCUUUCAGCAGGGAUAUUUAAUUGAACAUUCAUUUCUGGCAACUUUUUGUGGGUGUUGCCAUGCCUGGUCACAUACGCAACAUUAGUGUAUUCCUUUAAUGAAAAUAAUGUUUCUGAGCGCUGCAUACUAUUACUCCUGCAUAAGCUUGGUUUUCUUGAUCAGGUACAUGUACAUUCAAAGAAUUCCUUCCUAACUGGAAUUCUCUCCCUGCACACAUUCAAGAUGCACCCAAUGCUGACAGGAAAUUGCCAAUUCGUCUACUGCCAACUCGUCCACUCACCACAAGGUCUACCUUCAUUUAGUCUAUUGCCAUCCUGUCCAACAUUUUAUCUAACAACCAUUAGAUCCAAUAACCAUUUGAUCUAAUAAUCACUUUGUCUUAUCACCAGUUCGUCUAUGACCAUGUCGUCUCAAAACCAGUUGGCCAAAUUCCAUUUUAUUUUCAAUCAUUUUGCCCAAUUAACACUUAGUCCAAUUAGACCAAAUGGUAUGUGGACUAAAUGGCUGUUGGACCAACCGGUUAUUAUUCAAAAUGGUGAGUGGACGAAAUGGCAAUUUAUAGACCCUGUGGAUAUUGUGGAUAAUUAUUAAUAUUAUGGACUAACUGAUGGUAGACCAAAUGAUAGUAGCCAAAUUGGCAAUUGGAUGAAUUAGCAUUAGACAAAUUGAAAAUAAGCCAUACUGACACCGUCAAGAAUAGACUUAAUACACACCUUUUCACGACACAGCACCGAUAGCUAUGUUUUUAAUUUGUCUUUUCCUGUCAUUAUUGUAUUAUGUGUUUCUAAACGAAUUAAUGAUUAAUGAUAAUGAAAUAUUUUUUUUUUUAUUGGUAAUUAUUCUCAUGUAGUUUCUCCUUCAUUUUGUAUAUAUAUAAACAGCGCUUCGAUACUCUUGUUAAAAGCAAUAUAUCAAUGUCAAUAUUACUUUUUACCAUUCACUACACCUGGUGUAGAAAGUGGUAAAUGUAGAUUUAAAAUCUUUUCAAGCAAAGUGUUUUGGUAGGAUUGGAACCCUGAACCUUCAGUUUUAGUUUGUAAGAAUAAUGAAAUCGGUGAUAAUUGUUAUGUUCUGUUCUUGCCGAGCUUAACAGAGAAAGAAAGUUUAAUCCAGAAAAAAAUAAAGGAUCAAAUAGAAUCCAAAUGAACUUCACUCACGUUACAUGCCAUGCAGACCUAAAUACAUGUACAUGUAGAACUGAGUGGAGCUCAACACACAUACGCGUGAAGAAUCGCAAAUAAAAAUUAGCUACAUUUAGCUAGAAAUAGCAAAUUCUUAAGAUCAAUAAUAUUGCACUUUCCAGUUGAAAUAAUGUGAAAAAAAACUGUAGUCAUGACACUCAAUGUAAACAAGUAAAAAUAGCAAAAAUGGUAUUCCAAAAUAUCACGCGAUAAACAACAUGACCACGAGGAGAAGAACCUAGGAGCACAUGUAAAAAGUUGCUACAAUUUCCAUGUGUGAUAAAAUGUCUCUGAUUGGCUAGCGAAAACAAUACAAUGUACCAUGAUUGGAGUAACUGCUGGAUGUCUUCACGGUUGAAAUAAAACUAUGGAAGGCCCAAAUGUAUCGAACAUAUUUACAAUGAUGACAAAAAGUUGUGACUUCAUUAAAAUAGUAAAGAUCAAGUCACUACAAGUACAUGAAUGGCCUAGCCCUCUCCAACAACACUUUAAUUCAAAUAGAGAGAAAUCAAACAUACAUGUACAUAGCACUGAAAUUCUCUCCAAAAUGAGAUGAAAGAUGAGAAUAUACUGAUCAGUUUUGCCUAGGAAACUGUGAUUUUCAUUUUGGGAAGUUUGCCUAUCCAACAAAGAGUUGACUUGAAUAAAAAGAGAAAAAUCCAACAAGUAUAACACUGAAAAUUUCAUCAGUUGUAAAAUAAGAAAGUUAUGACAUUUUGAAGUUUCACUUAAUUUCACGAAACAGUUAUAUGCACAUCCUGUUCGGUAUGCAAAUGAGGGGACUGAUGACAUCACUCACUAUUUCUUUUGUAUUUCAUUAUAUGAAAUAUAAUUUAUUCCCAUUUUCUCCUCAUUGUCCUUGAAACAAAGUUUCAUUCCUCCCUGAACAAGUGGAAUUACCAUUAUGGUUCAAUCAAGUUGGUCCUUAUUGUAAAAUCUGCAAACAUUGAAAUAUUCUAUAUUUC